AUGCGGCAUCGACACGCGGGCGCUGUCCACCAGCAGCAGACCCCCGACCCAAAACAAGGAAGUCCAGACCCACCAUUUGCCCCUGUUUUCAGUCUGCCCCCCCCGCCCUCCUCUCACCACCGAGGACCGCUCGUCCACCACCGCCGCGUACGCCAGAGCCUCCAGGAGCUGCCCUGUCUGAGCCAGCCUUCCCGGAGACCCAUUCGCAGCGGCGACCCGCUUCCUCUGGUCAGCUACGACACCGUCCGGCGACCUCCGCACCGGGGCGGUGAAACCGACACCGGGCAGCCGGCGCACCUGCAGCACAAUCCCUGGGCCGCGGCCGGCUCGCAGCAGCAGCAGCAGCAGCCGCCACCGCCGCCGCCGCCGCCGCCGCCGCAGUCGGAGAGGCAGCCUGUUUUUCCAAGCUGCCACUGCAGUUUUUCCGAGCAGGAGGCGAGUCUCUCUCAUCACCAACGCCAGCCCCUCGAUCCUUCGCCGCAGCCCUCCCAUCUUUUCCCACCUUUACCGCCGCCACCGACCUCCUCCUCCUCCUUCACCUCCUCCCGCUCCUCCUCUCUGCCGUUUUCCCGGGAUUCUAAAAGGGGGAAUCGUUGCCGAAGGAGCGCCAAUAAUCACCAACAGGCGAGCAUCGUGGAACGCUGCAGGGGGGGAGGAGGAGAAGGAGGAGAAGGAGGAGGAGCGGGAGGGCACCGAGACCAGAGGCAGUUGUUGCAGCAGCAGCAGCAGCGUCAACAGCGGAGUCAUUUAAGACUCCAGCACAGGGACCCCUCCCCUGAAGGAAUCCGUGCAAACUCGCAGAAAGGGCGCCCUUUAAAUGUAUGUGAGUCAACCGAGGCAAACAAGAGAGCAUUCGAGUGUCAGACUCAGGACCUGCAACAGCUCCCGCAAUUACGAGCGCAACAACAACUACUGGUGGGGAGCAGCUUGCCUAUCAACUACUGCGCCAGCGGCUCUGGAGAGAUAUGUAGGACUCACCAGGCUCCACUGCUGCAACAGCAACAGCAGCAGCAGCAGGCACCGGGGCCAUGUCCCCAGCGUCCGCAGCACUGUGAACAAGACCGCAAUAAGUCCGGCAGAGUCGCCGCGCAAGGCGACCAGGCGCAGCAACGCAGCCGCGAGCCCCGCGUGAAGCCCGCGGCGACACGGCAAGCGUGCGCGGGCAACUCGUCUGCGGCUGGCAGCGGUAGCGGCAAGAACAGCCCCAACUACGGCUCCAGCUAUCACCUGUGGCCCGAGAGCCCGCAUAAAGGAGAGGAGCGGAUACGCAUCGAUCAACACAAGGCCAAUACUGAGCAGAAGAAGCUGAGCCAUGCUGGAUCCAAGCCCUCCCUCUCCGAGAGCAGCAGCCGACUCCCUCAGAUAGCCAUGAACACCUGCAAGUACAAUGGCGGAGUGGUGAGACCACUAGUUGGCAGCCUGGCCUCCUCGUCACGCCGCAACCUCGCAGAGCUCGACUCGGAGACGCAGCCUCUGCAGACGCUGCACAGUUCUGGCCUGGAGGUGGUGGUGUCCAAGGGCAACAGCGGCGAGGACCCCAGCAAGGCGUCCAAUGAGAGCUUGGUCAGGGAGGGCGGCGGGGGCGGAGGUGGAGGUGCACCGCAGAAGAAGAACAAGGACAUUGGCUACAAGCUCGGCCACCGGAGGGCACUGUUUGAGAAGCGCAAGAGGCUCAGCGACUACGCACUCAUCUUUGGGAUGUUUGGGAUUGUUGUCAUGGUGACGGAAACGGAACUGUCAUGGGGGGUUUAUACUAAGGAAUCUUCGUACUCAUUUGCACUGAAAUGCCUUAUCAGCCUUUCCACUGUUAUAUUGCUUGGUCUUAUAAUAAUGUACCAUGCCCGGGAAAUCCAGCUGUUCAUGGUUGACAACGGUGCGGACGACUGGAGGAUAGCCAUGACGUAUGAGCGGAUCUUCUUCAUCGUGCUGGAGCUGCUGGUGUGUGCCAUCCAUCCCAUCCCAGGCCAGUACGUCUUCACCUGGACAGCGCGGCUGGCCUUUACCUACACAGCGUCGGUGGCAGACGCUGACGUGGACAUCAUCCUCUCCAUCCCCAUGUUCCUGAGGCUCUACCUGAUCGGCAGGGUCAUGUUACUCCACAGCAAGCUGUUCACGGACGCUUCAUCCCGCAGUAUUGGCGCCCUCAACAAGAUCAACUUCAACACCCGCUUUGUCAUGAAGACCCUCAUGACCAUCUGUCCAGGAACCGUUCUGCUGGUGUUCAGUAUAUCCUCCUGGAUCAUCGCCGCAUGGACCGUGCGUGUCUGCGAGAGGUAUCAUGACAAACAGGAAGUGACCAGUAACUUCCUGGGAGCCAUGUGGCUCAUCUCGAUUACCUUCCUCUCCAUUGGCUAUGGAGAUAUGGUACCUCACACGUACUGUGGGAAAGGCGUGUGUUUGCUGACAGGGAUCAUGGGUGCAGGGUGCACUGCACUGGUUGUUGCAGUGGUGGCCAGGAAGCUCGAGUUGACCAAGGCUGAGAAGCAUGUCCACAACUUCAUGAUGGACACGCAACUCUGCAAACGAGUAAAGAACACAGCUGCCAAUGUACUCAGGGAAACAUGGCUCAUCUACAAACACACCAAGUUGGUCAAGAAGAUCGAUCAUGCCAAGGUGCGGAAACACCAGCGCAAGUUUCUACAAGCCAUUCACCAACUGCGCAGUGUGAAGAUGGAGCAGAGGAAACUCAACGACCAGGCCAACACCUUGGUCGACCUGGCAAAGACCCAGAAUGUGAUGUAUGACCUGGUGUCAGAGCUGCAGGAGCGCAGCGAGGAGCUGGACAAGCGCAUCGGCACAUUAGAGGACAAGCUGGACUCGGUGACGGGCAGCCUGCAGGCGCUGCCCUGCCUCAUCUCCCAAGCCAUAACCCAGCAGCAGCAGGACUUCCUGGACGGCUUCGUGCACCGCUUCCGGCCCGCGUCGCUAGGCUCAGAGCGCUCUGAGCGCUCCGAACGCUCCUGGACUUCCACCGCCCGCCGGCGGCGCUCACCCUCCACAGCGCCACACACCUCUUCUGAUAGUGGAUAACACUGGCAAAGCCCCCUUUGAGCCCAACUGUUCCCAGACCAACACGGCAACCCAUCCCAUUCCAUCGGAAACGAAACCUACAACCAUCGGUGAAUCCAGAUUUGGAGUCACAGAGAACCCAUAUCUUGACUUCUCUACCCCCUCGACCCACUUACUCAACCUAUCCCCACCCAGAUCACCCACCUGCCCAUUCCCGCUCUCCUUCCUCCCCACCAGACAUCGAAUCCAAAAACCAGUCCCUCUGUAACUGAGUGUCUAAGUGCAACACUGAAUCGAAGGUACUCAAUUGGAACAAAGGAAGACAACAGAACACUUGAAUACAGAACAAACACACACACACACACACACACACACACAAACACAUCCACAUCCAUACAAAUUCAUACAGUACAGACAUACAAAUAUCCCAAAAAAAUAUCAAAUAAAAAAAUCUAAAAAAUGACUGAAAAACCGAG